CAUGAUGAUUCAGCGUGGCGUCGGCUCGUUACUACGAGAUUCGGAAUCGCUACCGCUCAAUGUGGACUACUUCUGUCGGAGAUCAGUUCACCAGGGAUCGCUACCUUUCCGGGUCGGAGUGUCCGAGGAGAUCAGGGAUGCAUUAACGGCUAUAAGGAAUAAGCUAUCACCGGAAUAUUUGGAGUCUCGGCUGCAGGAGAGGAUAACCAAGAUCAACUCAGAACAAGAAGCGGCCUGUAAGGCAUGUGUGAGCGUAUUGGACUUACCUCUGUCCGUCUUCUCAUCGGUCUUCAUCGCUAGAUGGCCCUGCCUCGACCACCAGGUGUCAUCUGUGACAACUCCCUUGUACGAAUAGCAUAUGACGUUAAGUGUGAGUUGGAGGAGCCUACGAAGGAGCGACGCUGCCCUACGGCAAGAUUCACCCGAGUAACUGACGAGAAACUGGAGGUGCGAAUCCGGCCAAACGACGUGUGCCUUCUGGAGGGCCUCACUACAGCUGCUCCUCUGGCCUUCGUUCGAGUUUCCGAGUUACCCUGUCGAGACGUUUUUGAGAAGAUCAGCGUGCUGAGUAUCCUAUACCAUAAGGGCUGCAUCGAACUUGAUGAAAGUCGGUAAACAGAUU